GCACCAAUCAGGCAUUUUAUGUCUGCAAGUCAAAGCAGAGAUGUAACAAUAACAACAUCAGGGCUGCUGGCAGCACUGCAAUAUGUCAAAUAUUAAUGUCAGCGGUUCCGUCUGUGAAAGAGCCCAGAGACAAACAAUUUGAUAUUUACUUUAAGCUUCACUUUGAGUCCAGUCUUACCGGGUCACAGGCUUCAUACAAAAGUGAUGUCCAGCCCUUUACCAAUGCAAAGCAGCCCGUCUGCUGCUUUUCUGCUCUACUUCCUCAGACAAAUGUUGUUUUCAGUUUGCUCACGGCUCUCAAGGUUGACUGGCGUCGCACGUCCCGAGUCAACAACAGCCAUGCUAAUGUGCCAUUAGCAAUAAUUAAAGAAGUCGGUUGACAUUUUGGGGAAUAUUCUUAUUUGCUUUGUGGUGAAGAGUUAGAUUAGAAGAUCAAUACCACUCUCUCGUGUGUCCGUUACAUACAACACUACAGCGGUUAUCUUAGCUUAGCACAGAGACUGGAAAAGGAGGAAGCAGCAGUUCAAAUGUAACAAUCUGCUCUUAUCUGUAAAGCUCACACAUUAACACGUUAUAACUUGUGUUCUCACUGCAUACAAAACCCCAAAAGACUCUUUAGUGACUGGGACCAGUGACUUCUAAAGACAUCGUCCUCCACAUUGUUGUUGUUUUUGCACAGAUUAAACAAGCAAAGUAGAUUAUGUUAAUUAGUGAGCUGUAGAGGUCAGGCUAGCUGUUUACAGUCUUUAUGCUAAGCUAUGCUAACUUCUCAGAGGGAGAAAGACCAUAAGCAUAUUCCCAAAAUGUUGUACUGCUCCUUUUAAACAAACUAGAAGAGCACUCGGGAAGCGUCACAUGCUCACAUUGUUAACGAGAAUGAAAAACAUCUGCUCCUGAAUGUAAUGGAUUCUUCUUUGGCUCUAAAAACAACAUAUAAAUGUAUUUAAGGGUUAUUCUGGGAUUUCUUGUUUACAUAAAAAUAACCAGAUGAAGUGUCCUCUUCAUGUUCGGCACACUGUCACUCCAUGUUACCGUUUAACAAGUCCGGCUUUAGUGUGCCUGAAACAGCUGACGGUCGACAACACUUCAUUACACACAGUACACAACACAUUAGGGCUGCAACUAACCAUUAUUUUCAUUAUUGAUUAAUCUGACAAUUAUUUUCCUGGACUAAUGGUUUGGUCUAGAGAAUGUCAAUAGUGGAAGAUGUCUUGUUUCGUCAGUGAAAAACCCAAAUAUAUUCACUUUAAUGUGAUUUAAAACAAAGAAAAAGAGGAAAUCUUUACAUUUGAGAUCUGAAAACUACAUUUUCUGUCAUUUCUGCAUGAAAAAUGACUUUCUGUGCGUCGACUAAUCGUAGCAGCGCUCCGUCCUCCAGACGUCUGCUUCCUGUUCCACAAAGCUAUAACGCUUUAAUGGGCAGCUGAAGUAGUAACGGUCUGUCCCCACCUCACCCUCCUCCCUCCUUCUUCUCUGAGCUCAGAUUAAUUUGCAUUGAUUGUUUUGUGCAACUUGAUACUGAGGUGGGACUCCCACACAUCUGCUCCGCCUCUGACGGGGAGGGUGGGGGGAAGGUAGAAAUGGAGGCGGAUAAUCUUUUUGAUUCUGCAGUUGAAUAUUUGUUCCUUCAAACAGCAGACAUAAAACAGAGCCUGAAUCUAUUCAAUUGAUUAGCCAGUGGACCAAAGACAACGCUCGGUGCUGUACAUCUUCUUGGAAACACACCAGGCCGUUAGUGAAGAUCCGUCCUUCCUGCUGGCUGCACUAUGGCAAGUGGAGAGGCAGGCCAUUGGGUGCAAUCUGUGUGUGGGUUUAGAUGGCGCUCCACAGGGGUCUCAGUGUCUGUGUCCUCCAUCUGCUGUCUUGUCUGUCUUGUCUCUUCCUGUGUCAGGUCUGUUUUUAUGUUCUCCCCGUGUGAUUGGUUGUUAAAUGUGUUUGUAUGUGUGAGUUGUUCUGUGCGUCUUGUAGUGUGUCUCUGUGUGGUGUCUGUCUGGAGGAAAGUGAUCCACGGCUCCCUUCUGAUCACUUGCCUUUAUUUCCCGUAGGAGCACACUUCACCAGGCAUCAACACAGCCAUGCUACCUCCUGCCGACACUUUCACCUGGGCGCUCCCCAGGCGCCCAUCUCAGCAGAGUUCCCUCUAGGACACGCCAGCCAGCCGCCUCAGACCGGCCUGGCCGCCCACCUGCCCCCGGCACACCACCCGCCCCUCACUGCCCUGCCUGCACCCCCUCAGUUCCAGGAUGUGCCGGGGCCACCAUUCCUACCUCAGGCCUUACACCAGCAAUACCUCAUCCAGCAGCAGCUUCUUGAAGCGCAGCAUCGCAGGAUUCUCCCACACUCCAGAAGAACCCAGGAGCGUAUUCCCCUGAACCCUCACCGACUGCGCUCAGGCUACGAGUACUCGGCCCCCCUCCACGUCCCCCAGCCGAUGACCCAGCAGCAGCGCUACCUGGCCGAAGGCACCGACUGGGAUCUCAGCGUUGAUGCCGGCCUCCCGCAUCACCAGUACCAGCUCCAGCAGCUUCCACAGCACUAUCAGCAUUACCUGGCCUCCCCUCGAAUGCACCACUUCCCCAGGAACACAUCCUCUGCACAAGUGGUUGUGCAUGAAAUCAGAAACUACCCGUACCCCCAGCUGCACCUGCUGGCCCUGCAGAGUCUGAAUCCUUCGAGGCACGCCACCGCUGUGCGAGAAAGUUAUGAGGAGCUGUUGCAGCUGGAGGACCGGCUGGGGAGUGUCAGCAGAGGAGCUGUUCAGACGACCAUAGAGAGAUUCACCUUCCCACACAAAUACAAGAAGAGAAAGCCCCUGCACCUGAAGACCGGGGAGGAGGAGGAAACAGACGUGGAUGAGAAGUGCACCAUCUGUUUGUCCAUGCUGGAGGACGCAGAAGACGUCAGGAGAUUGCCCUGCAUGCACCUCUUCCACCAGGGCUGCGUGGACCAAUGGCUGGCCACCAGCAGGAAGUGUCCGAUCUGCCGAGUUGACAUCGAAACACAGCUGAACCCUGACAGCUGAUGAGAUUUCAAACCCCCGUCUCCUUGUCAAUCACCGUCGCGUGGUUCCUGCUUUCUUCCAUCCCGGCUUGCCGGCCCUCCCCCUCCUCCUCCCCCCCCCCCUGUUGGGUGCUUUGCCAAAUGUCUCCAGACCCUUCUGACUCACGCUUCACUGAGCCAAGCCAGGAUAACUAACUGCACGACAGGCUGCAAAGGACACUCUUUAUAUAGAAGCACAUCCCUCUGGAGGCAGAAGACACACACACACACACACACACACACACACACACACACACACACACACACACACACACACACACACACACAGGGUUUACUUGUAGCUUGCUGGUCGUAAGUGGGGUGUUGUCGCUGUUGUAGUGUUGUACUGUAGGUCGCCCCGGGCUGUGUAGCAUGUCCUCAAAGCCAUGACUUAAUGUCCUGAGAGUGUGAAACACACAACCCCACACUGAGCUGGCUACUCUCUCUCUUUCUCUCUCUUUCUAUAUAUAUAAAUAUAUAUAUUUCUCUCUUUUCAAACACACUGCAAUCAAAAUGAAUAUUCUGCUACAAGAAAGCGUAACAGAUGCUCUGAUGCCAUGUUUACCUAAAGAUCAUUUAUGGUCGUAGUAGAGUAGCAGUAACCAACAAGUGAUAUCUGGUGUCCUGCACCAGCUAGCUGAGUGUUUUAAUUCUAUCAUGCAGCUUUGACAUUUUGCAAUACAGUUGUACAUUUACCUUGGGUUAGUGUCGUGUGAGUAGGUCUCGUUCACCAAAACUGAGCCCAGUGAUCAAGUCGUUGCGUGUUUAAAAAAACUAAACAAAAAAUAAAAUAGGUAGAAAGUGUUUUUUUUACCAAAAUGCAUUUUGUCACGGUGUAGCUUGAGCCUGACAGGUUGACAUGUGUGUGCUCUGCCCUGCUGUGGGACUUACAGAAUGUGUCUAACAGAUGAGUGGAUGUUUAGCGUGAGCGUGUUUCAAGGGUUCAAGACUCUGUCGGUAAACAGCGUGACCACUGGAGUGCUUAUACAACACAAAGCCAAAAAAAUAAAAGGGAUGAACAAAAGGAAACCAUCAGCAGAGCGAGGUGGGAGGAAGCUGCCCUCGUACCUGCACCUCCAUCUGGCGCAGGGCCAGCGGCACAACAAACAAUGCAUGUUUCAUCAUCGACUUGAGCAGUUAGCUUUGGUAGGGCUUCUUCAAUUUAAAAAAGGUACAGGAGGGAUGGCUCUGCAUGACUUAGUUAAUCUGAGCUGUGACUAUCUUAACACUAACAAACAAACAAAAAAGCGUCGUCAGCGGCUGCUCCCCUGACUUGUAGCGUUGUGUUCAUCCUGUCCCUCUGGAGGCACCGGUGGGUCCUCUGUUUCAUGUUUACCUUAUUGCCUAAAGAACAAGCACAUGUGACGAUAGUUAUAGCAACAAAAAGGGUUUUCCUUGGUAUUGCAUUUGGUUUAUAUUUAGGUAUAGAUUCAUGCAGUGUUUCAGCGGAGGAGAGAGGAGCUUGCGUAUUGAUCGUGUGUAUUUGUGUGACAGACCUCCCCUCGUGGUUGCUAUGCUGGUUGCUAUGCUGUAUUGCUAGAACAUGUAGAACGUGGUGCGACGGAGGCCACCUCCCCCUCGCAGUGCACGCAGACGCACAGCGGGACCCUCGCUGUCCUCUGCACUGUGGAGUCAAAGAGAAACCCAGGCUGCGUUCCAAAUCGCAUAGUUUUUACUUUUAGUACAUACUUCAGCUGCCCUGUGUACCGCAGCGUGCAGUGUCGGACCCUCCUGCUCAUACAUCCCGCUAAGGAUUGUGGGUCAGAAUAGCCAGAAAAGCGUGCUGCAAACUGCAUCCUGGACAAAAGGAUGCCUUUGACACACUACGAAUUAGCACACACUAAAUGUUUUUCUUGCAUACUAAGUAGUAUGGUGCUAUGGUACCAUGGUGCUAUGAUAUCAUGGUACUAUGGUGCUAUGGUAGUAUGGUACUAAGUACUAUGGUGCUAUGAUAUCAUGGUACUAUGGUGCUAUGGUGCUAUGGUGC